AUGUCAGAUGUGGAACACGUACCUACAUCGGGUUCGGAAGUAGAUCUCACGCAACAAGCACCACCAUAUCAAGAGAAUAGUGUCGAUCUUGGCUCCACAGCUGAACCUACUCCAUCAUCUCCAACAAACCGCCCCAAGAAGAAAUCAGUUGGGUUUGCUCCACCACCAGAGGAGGACUUACGUGAGUACCACAAGUAUUUAAAGCAAAAGGAAGAAGCAGAGUUGAAGUCAUCGCCAUUCCAUAAGAUUCCGGCUGAGCUUGCGUACUUGGAAAAAAGGAAUAUGCAAACACCACCACCAAAGCCAAUUGACCAAACCCCCAAACCGGCUAAGCCAAAUAGUAGAUUGAGAGUAUCGGAUUUGCCGGACUUGAGUAAAUUGAAAUUCUUCGAUAUCAAGGAUCUUUCGGUACAGAAUAAGGAGACUGAGUUGCAGUUUCAUUACACAACAAUUGAUUUGCCCCCAGCAUCCGGUAGUGUUAUUGUUGACAUUAAGUAUGGGUCACUAAACUCGUUUGAUUUGAGUAAAAUAAACCAGUACUUGUUGAAUAUGAGUAAAGUGAAGGUGGUUUUGGGAUACGAGUUUGCUGGUGUUGUUACUUAUGUUGGAUCCUCAAUGCAAAAGAAGUUUUCCGUGGGUGAUUAUGUGUUUGGGUUGAUUGACCCUACUUCCAGAAGAGGAGCUUUAUCUUCCAGUCAGAUUAUUUACCCGGGGAGGGAUGUCUUGGUUAAAGUGAGUGAAGAGGUUUUGAAUCAGUUGGAGGAUAUCGAGAUUGAUUUGGGAGCUAAUGAUGACAACAAGGCGUUUGAUGUGGGAGAGGAUGAGGAGGAAGAAGAGCCAACAAAGCCAGUAGAGACUAAGGAUACUGAACUGGCAGACAGUACAGCAGCAGCAGAAGCAGGAGCAGCAGCAGCAGCUGAAAAGACAAAAGGUCCAGAGGACGCGGCAAAGGACACAGAAGGACCCGAGUUAAAAGAUUCUACAAAGAGUAAAGUCACAGACCCGAGUGUUGAUGAUUUGGUGUCUAAAACUAGCAAACUGACUUUGGAAUCCAAGAAUGAAAAGUUGCCACCAUUGGCUAAAUUGUCUGCCAUCUCGCUACUCUACAACCGAGCCAAGCAAAUGCUCCAACCGUUGAACACAAAGAACAAGAAGGUCAAUAUUUUAAUCAAUGGGGCGGACACUGAUAUUGGGUUGACUAUAAUACAAGUGCUCUUAGCUGAGUACCAAUUUGAAUUCUUGAGUCUCAUUCUUGUUAUUAGAGAAAAAUCACUGGAGUAUAUGGAUCAAUUGGUGGCUCGAUUUGAAAAAAAGUAUUACGAUCCAACCAAGAUCAGAAGAAUCAAGAGCAUUCCGUUUGACGUUGUCAAUGAUGGACUCUACUUCCCUGGAGAGCGAGUUCCUAUAAGUUACAAAAAACCCGACUUCUUUGCUACUGAGGUUAUUGAUGCGUUAUUGGUGCCUCACAGUAAUGAACUUAUCGACGCUUCAAACGUUAAUGAAUACAAGUUGGAUUUGUUUGUUGACUUGAUUGGAUGUAAGAAAUAUUUCCAAUCUACAUCGACCAAAUUGCAUGAAAUUGAAACUCUAAACUUGCCAUUCAAACAACAUAUAUCCACUUCGAUUGAGAGUUUGUUUAAUGCAAAUGUCAAAGAACCCUUUCUUACCCGGAUUCUCAAACCGAAGAAGUUGGGAUCUGCAGUGGUUAGUGGAUGCAAAUUCACAUUAAAAGACCCCAGCUACAAUAUUGACAAAUUGAUUGAUUUCAGUGAGCAGAGUGUGAUGAACCCGUGGACUAGUAAAUGGUCAAGCAACAUUUUGAACAACUGGACGUCAUACAACUACAGUGAAGAGAUAUACUUGAAAAUCAAGCAGAGCUGGACCGAACAAGCACUUCAGUUGGUGCUAGAUGGGAAGUUGAAGUUUAGAAUUGACAAGUUUGUUGAUUGGAGAAAAGAUUACAAGAAGUAUGUAAAAGCUUUGAAGGAGAAUGAUGGAAAGAUUAUACUCGAAGUGGAAGAGUUUUGA